ACUGAUAAAGCUGAGCAGCUUUGUAUACAUAAUUUUAGUUGUGUGCAAUCAGACAGCAUGUAAUGGCCAACUCAAGUGAUGGUGAUGCAUUGGACUACUCCAUACACAGCUGCUCUAGCUUCUCAGGAGAUUUCACUCCAGAGAAGAUUUUAACUGACAAUCCCUCGGAUCCAAAGUCGCGUUGGCUCUCCUGUGACAACAGAUUGCCUCAGUUUGUCAUCCUCAAGCUGCAUCAACCGUCCAUAGUGAGCAGCAUUCAGUUUGGCAAGUAUGACAAGAGCCAUCCGUGCAACCUGCGAAAGUUCCGUGUCUAUGGAGGCAUGAAUCCUGACCGCCUCCACCUGCUCCUAGAGGACGGCCUCAGCAACGACCCUGUACCUGAAACUUUCAGCCUUCACUUCCAACAGAAACAAGACGUCUUCCCCUGUCAGUACAUCAAAAUUGCUCCAUUUCAGUCGUGGGGAUACAGCUUCAAUUUCAGUAUCUGGUACGUCAGUCUUUGUGGCUCAGUGGACAAGACAAAGGUGUCUGCAGCUGUGGAUAAGUUCAGGGGACAUUGCGAGCACGAGGCCGUGAGAAUCUGUCUCAAGCAUUUGAGGGAGAACGAUUACAGUGAGGCAUUCCAGGCUCUCCAGAAGAAGGCCAAGGUCUCACUGGAGCACCCCCUGUUAUCACGUCUCCACGGCCUACUGGUUGUGAAGGGCGACUUUUUGGCAGCAGAGCAGCUGAUUGAGGAGGCAGCUGCAGAUGGGCACCUAGGUGGGUACAUAGCAGAGCAGCCCAUCAAUGCUCAAUGGAAGCAACUACACCCUAAAGAUCAAGCUGGUGAGAGGGUCAGUGGUGGUCCAGUGGGUCGUGGGGGUCAUCAGAUGUGUCUCGACCUCACAUCACAGACCAUAUACCUCCACGGUGGCUGGGACGGAGCAAAUGACCUCUCUGACCUUUGGAGCUACGACAUUGAGAGAGGAGUGUGGACUUGUAUCUGUCAGGACACUUCACUAGUAGGUGGUCCGAGUGCACGCUCGUGUCACAAGAUGUGCCUGGACAGUGAGGAGGGGGUGCUCUACCUGUUGGGCCAGUACUUUGAGCAGUCUACCAGUGCACUCAUUGACCUCUCCACCGAUGCUGACGAACCUGUGAAUGCUGACUUCUACAGCUACUCAAUCAGUAAGGGUUCGUGGACUCUCCUCUCCAGCGACACUUACAGGGACUACGGGCCCAAACUCAUCUUUGACCACCAGAUGUGUUUUGACGAGGGCACCAAGACUAUGUAUGUGUUUGGAGGGAGGAUCCUAUCAGAUUUCAUCACUGGUCGUGGCUCUGGUGUGCGCUACAGUGGACUGUACGCUUACUUUGUAACUGAGAAGCAGUGGGUAUGCAUACAACCGGACCUCAUCACUCAGCCUUACAGCUACGCCCUCGUGCCACGGAUGGCUCACUCCAUGCUCCUGGACUCAGAGAACCGUCUACUGUAUGUGCUGGGUGGGCAAAGAGGCAAGGACCAGUUGAGUUGGUUGAUACAUACCCCCCACAGUGAUAUGGUUAUGUAUGACCUCCAGUCUGACAUCACCACAGUGUUAGCGGACGGAGUGGCCUCUCAAAUCCCUGCGUCUGGCUUCACUGUGAGAACAGCUCUCAAAUCAGACAAGUCUGAGAUAUGUCUCUUUGCCAGUCUGAGUCAGCUGGAGGAGAAGGAGAGCCGCCAGGUCUCCAAGAGUGCCUUCAACUCUCUAUGGACCUACCAUUUUAAGACAGCCUCAUGGAAGUGCGUCUCCCAGGGUGAUCAGUCAUGUGCCACACACCCACUCCCUCGCUAUGCUCACCAGUUCCUGUACAACCACUCUAAAGAUGUCUACUACAUGUUUGGUGGAAACCCUGGCCCCCCCUCAAAGUCACUCCCAUCCAGCAUGAGGAUGGACGAUUUCUGGGAGCUAAAGCUGGUGUCUUUGUCAAAAGAAGAGCUUGUGAGACAGUGUCGGUAUGCAAUAAGAAAGCAACAGUUCUCAGAGCUGACAGCAAAGUCUCCCGUUGAGGCCAUCUCCUACCUCCGAGUACAGCUGGCUGGGUUGGUUGAUCACGGCAACACGCGAGAGAGUACUGAGUUCCGUGAAUUGGCAAGUGCUCUCUUCAAACCAAUGUCAGAGGAAAUCAUGGCCUGUAACCGUGAGCGAUCGUUCUCCACCCAGCGGUACUGUUUGUACAAUCAACUCUCUUCCUAUUUCCCAUAUCACAUGACACAGCCCCGGCAGAACAUUACAGACCUAGUUGAACUGUGAACUUCAUUAGUACUUCCAUGUAUAUUUUAUUAUCCUGUUAAUAUUUCCCUUAUAAUUAUAAUCCAACAAGAAUUUUAAUUAAUUGGC